AAAAGCGCGUCUUUUACCCACCACGACAAGCCUUCAGAUAAAUACGACACUUAGCUAAAACCCACACCACAAACACUUUGAUCGAGAGCAACUGCAAGCUCUCAACACAAGAAAAGCUACAGAUACAGAGUGAAACUAAUCCAGAUUGCUAGGAAAUAGGUAGAGAAAGCGAUCUCUUCUUAUAAGCGCGGAAGAGAAUCGACUUCUUCUAAGAUUCUGUUUUUCCCGCUCCCUUCCAAUGCACCGAUUCAUCCCCCUCUUCUUCUUUCUAAUCCUCUCGUCGGCGCCGGUGCCGGCAUUCUCCGCCGGAUCUCAUAUCCGGCUGACUCUCCACCGGAGACCGGAAUCAACGGGGAUCUCGCGGUUAGAAAUCCUUCGAACGAUGAUACACGACGAUCGACGGCGGCAGAGGAUGAUUUCCGAUAAGAUCGGAAGACGGCGAAGGGUUUGCUCAGUUCCGCCAUCGCCGGCAAUCGAAAUGCCGGUUUGGUCGGGGGCUUACACGGGGACGGGACAAUACUUCGUUAGGGUUCGGCUAGGCACGCCGGCGAAGCCAUUUCUGCUAGUUACCGACACCGGGAGUGAUCUCACCUGGGUAACUUGCAGGUUCCACGAUGGCGCCGAAUCGCCGGCUCCUUCCCCUGAUGUUAACGGAGGCGGCGGUAGGAGGUCUAAGAGGGUUUUCAAUGCGGAUCUAUCGAGGUCUUUCCGGCCGAUUUCGUGCUCGUCAGACUUAUGCCGGACGGAGCUUCCGUUCUCUUUGUCGACUUGCCCUACGCCGGCGAGCCCUUGCGCGUACGAUUACCAGUACGUAUCGUUGCUCAAUUAAUUAAUUUGUGUCUGAAUGUCUUUAGAUGUUUACAUUUCGCAUUAAAAUCCCCCCUAAAAUACAUUUCACAUCGAUUCAAUGCUUUUUAAACUUCUAUA